CCUCGGGGCUUCCCCCAUCCGCCCGCUGCGCGGCCGCGCCGCCCCUCAGCCCCUCAGCUCCCCCGAGCCAGCGCGGCCCGGCGGCUCCAGCGGCAGGGGCGGAUCAGCGGGGCCCCGCUCCCCUCAGCGCUCCCAAAGGCUCCUCCUCAGCUCCCGGCUCCGCAGCCACCUGUGCGCGCCCCGGGCGGGGCGGAGCCGGGCCGAGCCCCGGGUCCCUCCUCUGCCGGUGCCUGCGGGUGGGACGGGACGGGAGAGGCUCCGGCAGCGCGGCGGGACCCGGCGGAGGGCGAGCCCGGCCCGGGGAAGCCGCGGCGGCUGCUGCAGGUGCCGGGCCGAGGGCAGCGCGUCCCGGCGGGGCUGCGCUCACGGGCAUGGACAAGCUCAACAGGCUGACGGUGCCGGCCGGGGAGAAGUUCAGGAAGCUUCAAAAGAUGGUGCAUGACAUCAAGAAAAAUGAAAGUGGGAUAAUAAACAAGUUCAAAAACCUUAAAAAAAAGCCACCGCCAAGUCUGCCACAAAGGGAUUAUGCUUCAGAACACGCAGACAAUGAAGAGGAACAAUGGUCAGAUGAUUUUGACAGUGAUUAUGAAAAUCCAGAUGACCACUCUGACUCUGAGAUGUAUGUGGUCCCCAGCGAAGAGAAUCCUGAUGACAGCUAUGAGCCACCUCCAAGUGAGAAGGAAAAAAAGAAGAUUCCCUCUGCAUUCCCUAUUUCUAGGGGUGAAUAUGCAGACAAUCGCACCAGUCACCAGACGCUUCCUCCCAUCAACAAGCCUCUCCCAAGUACACCCAGUCCAGCCAUGUCCAGACCAAAGAAACCAUGUGUGCCAUCCAUGCCAUUGCCAUCUCCUGCUACAAAACCAAAAGUGCCACCUAAGCCUAAGGAGUGCAGUGAUGAUGAGGAUAAUUACAUUGUGCCAGUGGACAAUGAUGAUGACAAUUAUAUUGAACCCACAGAAGGCAGCAUGUCACUACCUGCAAAAUCACCUGUGAACAGAUUUAUGAAGACAACAAAGCCAGCCCCCCCUAUUUCUCCAAAGCCUUCUCUUACUUCUGUUAUGCAAGAAGUCUACGAGGUUCCUGAAGAAGAGGAAAAACCAUCACCACCACCAGUAACCAGGUUCACAAAGCCACUCACGUUUAUGCCUGCACAGAAUACAGAGCACUCCCACAUGCACAGCAUGACCAGAGAGUCACCUAAGCAGGAUAAUUCCAGAAAUAUUUUGCCUCUCCCCAGAAGUCGUCUUCAUCCAAAACCAGACCAUGAAGCAAACAAUACUGAUGAAAGUCAAAGGUUCAAUAACACACAAGAAUCCAGAUUUCCCACUGGAGCAGCUCCAUCUCCGUUACCAAGGGGCCUCAAGAAAGCUUCUAAUGCAGUAAUUUCACCAAAACCGUGUUUACCUUCCAGAGAGACCUUAACUGCAAAUGAAGAAAAACUCACGGCACCAGAACGACGGCGCAGUUCCAGCCAGGAACUUCCACUUCCCCCCCUUCCAAGUGGUGCCCAAAAGCCUCUGCUACAAAAGCCCUCAAUUCUGCCAAAAGUGCCAGAAGCUGCAAACCGUUCUUUGGGUGCUUCCCCUCCCAGCAGCACUUCAUCUAUUUCAAGUUCUGCAGACCAGGAUGCUGGUGUUCACAGUAAAGCAUGGUAUGCUGCUACCUGUGAUAGGAAAAUGGCAGAAGAUGCUUUGUACCGAUCAAACAAGGAUGGAUCUUUUCUAAUAAGGAAGAGUUCUGGGCAGGACUCACGGCAGCCAUAUACACUGGUUGUGUUUUACAACAGAAGAGUGUACAACAUUCCUAUAAGAUUUAUUGAAUCAACAAGGCAAUAUGCACUGGGCAGAGAAAAAAGUGGUGAAGAGCGCUUCGACAGUGUUGCUGAAAUAGUAGAGAAUCAUCAGCGCACCUCCCUGGUUCUAAUUGACAGCCAAAACAACACAAAAGACUCAACAAAACUGAAAUAUAUUGUAAGAGUUUCUUAAUCAAACUGAACUGCUGAAAUGAAGACCUCUUUAAUAAUUUCUUUCAACAUACUGAGACAUGGAAAAGGUAUUAAAAGAAGAAAGUCCAAAAUUAUGGGAAACACUCUUCAAGAGCACUUACAGAAUAGUAAGAAAUGCAUUUCAUAGAGUUCAACCCCACGUCACUUUUUUCAGAGAAGUUUAACACAAGAAGCCAAAGCAGAUGCACUGUCAUCUGUGAGAACGUGGGUAUCCAAAGUCACAGGAAGAACAACUGCAUACCACAGCCUGGUCCUCUGACUGCUGUUUGAAGAUAGAUUUCUUGAAGGAUAUUUUCAUUUUAAAAAUGAGAAUACCCACAGUGAUCUACUCUUUCAGUUUAUGGUUACCACAUAUCACCGCUUUCAGCAAUUUCUUUGUAGAGCACACAGCCCCAGAAAUGAGAGCAACUUGACCUAAUGUACCACUGUACUCAAGUUGAAAAUAGGACUGUACUUUGAUUAGUGGCAAUAAAUACACCUGAAUGUUUUAGAUUUAUGGACAUGUGUUGUACUUUCCCUCAGCUUCACCCUGUUUCACUGAUAUUUUUGUUUGUAUUUUCAAAUGUAAAAAUAAAAUUUAAAAAUAUUUUAAACUCAGUAGUGUAUGGAGACUUUGCUGGACUGCAUUUCUGGCACCUUUCUAGCAAGAAAGCAUCAGUUCACUAUUGUUGAUGUUUUAAUGUAUAUAUUUUUAUGUGCUUCACAUUUCUUAACAUUGUUUCACAAUGUUAUGAAAAAGUAUCACUUUUUACAACUUUAUCUCAUAUAUAUUACACAAACAUAUAAUUUGGCUUAAUAACUCUCAAAUCUUUUGUUAACUAGUUCUAGCAGUGUUUGAUUUCACUGGACCUGAAGACUCCAUCUUAAAAGUAUUUUCCAAAACUGACACUUUAUACAUACUUAGUUUGUUCUUUUUGUUCCAGAUUAGGCAGUGUUCUCUAGGAUUAUAUUCAAGGCAUUAAAGGCAAGACUAAGUCAAGACCUGCAAAGUCUCAGCAAGUCACUCAGGGCCAUAGGGUGGCUGAACUCUGCAAAUACUUUCUUGUGCUUUUAGUUACAUCUAAAAGUCUUGCACCUGUCUUCUAGAAAGAACUGUGUGCCAACAGGAUGCUCAGCACAUGGCUGCCUACAUUCCUGGAGGCAGGUCAGCUUCUUCCCUCUGCAACACAGGCAACACUUACCCGAAUGGAAUGUGGUAACACACUGGCAAGUAAGAAACAAUGCAUACAGACUACACAAGCCUGCCUAGGACAGACAACCACAGUGCUACAUGAGGGCUGUGUUUAGUAGAUUGCUCAGUUGGUAUUAAUACUACUGAAAUGUUUAGAACAUUAAGACUGCCAAGUCAAGGUAUAAAAAUUAACAGUAGUGUCUGCAAGCUUUAUUUACUCUUUCUAUAUGUGUACUAUUAUAUUAUUUAGCUACUUUAAGCAUCACUUUAAAAGCUAUUUCAAGCAAUACUCACAAUGGAAAUACUCUGGAAAAGUAGUAGUCACUGAGUAUUUAACUUCCUUUGCAUUCAUGUUGUCCUUGCCUUUCACUCAUGUACUGCACAGUAUUUAAACUUGAUACUGUCUGUCUCCUAUCCUUUCUGUGCUGGUCCUCAAAAUAUCUAGAUUCUUCAAACAUUCUUUCCAAGUUAAGUAUGCAGUAUCUCCUUCAUUCUAGAACUGGAGGGAAAAAAAUAAUGUGAAAAAGGGAAAUUCAAAUGUGUAUCUUUCAUACAAGAGACUAGGUAUCACUUUUUAAGGUAAUUAGCAUUGAGCACUUUAAAGCACUGCUGCUCCUGCCCCUCCCUCAGUUCUAAGUGCUCAGCACUACAUAAAAUACUGUGGCUGACCUACAAAUAACAAAUACGCUCUAGAGAAAGGGGCCAGUAACCUUCAUCCUCAAACCUUACGU